AUGCUGGUCCUUCGCUCCGUCCUCUUCGCCACUGUCGCUCUCUUCGCCGUCGUCUUGGCCCUGCCCGGAAAGGUCCCGGUCGCUGGCGAGCCCAGCGCUGAGCGUCGCGGCCUCGUCGACGAGAUCGUUGGCGCCCUCCCCCUGCCUGACCUAGGCGGUCUGGGCGGCCUGGGCGGCCUCGGUGGCCUGGGAGGUCUCGGCCACCUCAAGGCUGUCGGUCCCACCGACACCAUGUCCGAGGGAUCCAAGGUCGCGAUUGAGCGACGCGACGGUGGUCAGAAGGUCUACCGCGCCCCUUGCAUCUUCAACGGCGCCGACAAGAAGCUCCAGCAGAAGCAGAUGUGCUACUUUGGCCAGAACGACAUCCUGCCCCUGGUCGACUCUUGCAAGUCUGUCGCGCCCGUGUCCAAGGUUGAGGCCCAGCUCGAGCAGGUCACCUACCCGCUGAGCAACGGACAGUGCGCGAUGCGCAACUACUCGGCCCACUGCUCUCUCUUCACGGAGCUCGGCGUCGUUCGCGACCUCCUGAGGUGGCUCCUCGGCUGCGCUGUCUAG